GACUAAUUGUACCGAGCUACGGUUUCCACCCGGUCAGUGAUAUUCAAUGCACACGUGGUCUGUUUACUUCACUGAAGUAGUUCCCCCCUCCAGCACUUUUAAGUAUCGAGCUGUAGGUGUUCGCUGGAAGAUGGAGAAGCAGAGUCGCGACUCUGUUGGAGGAGGACCGCCUGUGAAGGACGAAGAGGAGGACGACCAGAGCCCGGCGGAGGAGGAAGAGGAGGAAGACGAGGAGGCUCUUCCUCACUCAGAGAUCCUUGAUAUUUUUGAGGAGGGACUCGCUCGACUUGUGCAAGACCCUUUACUCUGUGACCUGCCAAUUCAGGUGACCCUGGAGGAGGUAAACUCUCAGAUAGCUUUGGAGUACGGCCAAGCGAUGACUGUGAGGGUUUCAAAGGCGGACGGAGAGAUAAUGCCCAUAGUGGUUGUGCAAAAUGCCACCGUCCUCGACCUGAAGAAGGCCGUUCGCAGAUUCAUGGAGCUGAAACAGCAACGCGAAGGUGGAGUUAAACACGUCAGCUGGAGAUAUGUUUGGAGAACCUACCAGUUAAUAUUUCAAGGGGAAAAGCUUGAAGAUGACAAGAUGAGACUUAAAGACUACGGGAUCAGGAACAGAGACGAGGUGACGUUUAUGAAGAGACUCAGGAAAAAAUGAGAUGUCACAGCAGGCGUUUCUCACGUCAGGAAAAUACACAAGUUUCCACUUGUACUGGUUCCACUCGCCCUGCAGACUGGACACUACUCUCACGAAGUACUGAUGUUUUAGAGCAUCUUUCUUACACAUUACAGCAUGUCAUUCAAAAAGGCUCCAUGUAAAUAAGACAUUUGAAGAUUAAGCCCCAUUUUACGGGGCGUGUUGUGGUUUUCUGUAGUUGUUCAUUAAAAUAUAUU